AUGGCGAAUGAGACGACUUUCACGGUUUACCAGUCGAUCAGGUCGCACCAGUUCCUGGUCUCCCUGCUGGUCGAAUUUCUGGGCGUGACCCUUUUUGCCUUCCUGGGCAGCACCGUCACCGGCGCCAACGCCCCCUUUGUCAACGGCCUCGCGCUCGCCGUGCUGAUCUACACCGCCGCCAACAUCAGCGGGGGCCACCUCAACCCGGCAGUCACGGUGUCCACCCUGCUGUGCGGCUUCUACCCGGUGCUGCACGCCGUCCUCUACAUCAUCCUGCAGAUCCUGGGCGGCAUCUGCGGCUCUCUGCUUGCCGCCGGCCUGCUGCCCAAGACCAAGCUGGGCAUGGGACCCAAGGGGCCCGGCUGCUUCGAGCCGACAAUCGAUGAGAGCGGCGCCGGCCUCACCAGCGGCCAGCUCUUCGGCUGGGAGUGCGUCAUGACGUUCACCCUGAUCUCAGUCGUCUACGCCUGCGGUGUCGCCAAGCCCGGGCACGGCAGCUUCACCCCGCUGGUGGUGGGCCUCACGCUCACCGCCUGCGCCGGCACCGGCGGCAAGUGGACGGGAGCCGCGCUCAACCCCGCUCGCGUGGUUGGGCCCGCCGUCGUUUUUAACUGCAGCGGCAGCUACUGGUGGCUUUACGUCCUGGCCGAGAUGCUGGCCGCCCUGCUGGCUUGCUGCGUGUUCGCCUUUGUGUCCGGCUGGGGCCCGCUGUCGCCCGUCAAGAGCCGCGCUGAGUACGGCCUGACGACUGUGGAGGCGCUGACCCUGUGGCUGACCGGCUCUCCUCCCAGGCGCAUGCUGGACCAGCGUGGGGACAACAUGGAGGACGUCGUGAGCCGCCUUGAGAAGGAGAACAGGGCAGCCAAGGCGGCCAAGACGGUGGACGACCACGCCGCCUGA